UGGAGGAAAACAAACCACCCAAAACAUUGAUUAGAAUACCGUCCAGUGAUCAAUAACUGAUAUAUAACUGUAGACAGAUUGAACUGUUAUUGUGUUUAGUUAUCUGGCGCAGGAAUAAAUGAAUUCUACCACAAAAUUAAAGCUGGAGACUUAAAGGGUUUAAAACUGUUUUCAACCGUCGACCUGGACUCUAUUGUUUCUACCGACUGGUUCCAGUGAUUGGUUUCUGCUGUUGGUGGUGCUGACCUCUGACCCUCCACCAUGAGCUCCCGGGUGUGCAGGACUUGUGGAGGGUCUGACAUUGAUGUGGACCAGGCUCGAGGCAGCGCAGUGUGUACUGGCUGCGGUUCGGUUCUGGAAGACAACAUCAUCGUCUCAGAGGUCCAGUUUGUGGAGGGAAGUGGAGGCGUUUCAUCUGCUGUGGGGCAGUUCGUCUCUGCUGAUGGUCCAGUUAAAGCUCCUCUACUCGGUUCUGGUUUCCACACCAGUGUUGGUAAAGAGUCCCGAGCUCAGACGCUGCAGAGCGGUAAGCGUCAGAUCCAGCAGCUGGGCAGUCAGCUGCAGCUCAAUCAGCACUGUCUGGACACGGCCUUCAACUUCUUCAAGUUGGUCGUCAGUAAACAUUUGACCCGAGGACGCAAGACGGAGCACGUCAUCGCUGCAUGUCUCUACCUGGUGUGUCGUACAGAGGGGACGCCACACAUGUUGCUGGAUCUGAGUGACCUGCUGCAGGUGAACGUUUACAUUCUGGGAAAGACCUUCCUGCUGUUGGCUCGUGAGCUCUGCAUCAACGCUCCCGCAAUUGAUCCCUGCCUGUACAUUCCCCGUUUUGCUCACAUGUUGGAGUUUGGGUUGAAGACUCAUGAGGUUUCCAUGACGGCUCUUCGCCUCGUUCAGAGGAUGAAGAGGGACUGGAUGCACACAGGACGCCGACCCUCUGGCCUCUGUGGAGCAGCUCUCCUGGUAGCGGCUCGGAUGCACAAGUUUCGUCGUUCAGUCAAAGAUGUGAUCAGUGUGGUGAAGGUUUGCCAGACCACUCUGAGGAAGAGGUUAACAGAGUUUGAGGACACACCUACCAGUCAGCUGACCAUCGAUGAGUUCAUGAGAGUAGAUCUGGAGCAGGAGUGUGAUCCUCCCUCCUUCACCGCCUCACAGCACAAAGCCAAGAUGCAGCAGCUUGAACAGGAGCUGGCCAAGAAGCUGGAUGAGGUCGAAGGAGAGAUCAGCUGCUACAAAGACGAGAUUGAAACUGAACUGGAGAAGAGUCGACCCCAACUGAGAGGAAUCUACGCUGCCUACACCAAAGAAAUCAACCCCGAAGAUAAUGAGGUUUUGUCCUCUGCAUCAGAACCUGAGCAAACAGAGGCCGAAGAUGCUGAGCUCCAAGCUGCCACCCAGCACCUGACCCAGGACUUCCUGUGUCAGGUGAUCCAGGAGGAGGAGGAGGGGCUGGGCAAGAAGACAGACGACUGUGAGCGGGAGGCGGGGCUAGAAAACAAGGGGGUGGGGUCACACCGUCAGGCUGCCCCUCUGGCCGUCAUCCUGGGAAAGCUGCCAAGCGCUGCUAGCCUGAGUCUCCAGCAGACCUUCCAGACAGUCGAUGAUUCAGAGACAGGCGAGAAACCAGAUGGUGACCAGUCAGAGGGUGGAGAGCUGGACCUGGAUGGUAUCGAUGAUCAGGAGAUUGAAAAGUACAUCCUGAAUGCUAAGGAGGUUGAGGUGAAGACAGAGCUGUGGAUGAAGCAGAACGCAGAAUACCUCAAGGAGCAGAAAGAGAAAGAAGAGAGGAUAAACAAAGAGAAGGAACAGGGGACUUACAAGGAGAAGAAGAAGAAGAAGUAUAAGAAGCGGGAACAGAUUAUGGCAUCGACAGCAGGUGAGGCAAUCGAGAAGAUGUUGGAGAAGAAGAAGAUCUCCAGUAAGAUCAACUACGACGUCCUCAGAGACCUGAACAGAGGGACAGGAAGUCCAAGCAGGUCCACCUCUGACCCCCCUGAUGUUACCACCACACGGAAACGACUCAACCGCCGUCGCCGCAGGAAGAGCAGUGAGACUAACCGAGACCUCGCUGCUAACGCCAGCAUCAUGCGGAAGAGGUUCCGCCGUCUCAUUUCCUCCACACCAAAGAAAAAGAAGACAUCUCCUCAGGCUGAAGUCACUGUCACGGUGGAAACAGAAGCAACAACAGAGGCUGCAGCUGAACCGACUCCUGAGCCAGAACAAGAACCCAGCGCCGACCCUCCUGCUGCUCCGCUCCCUAUGGAAGAGGAGGACGAGGAAGAGGAGGUGGAGGAGGAAUGUGUCAGCGCUCUGCAGCUCGUAGGAGAUUAUGGCUGUGACGCAGAGGAGGAAGAAGUCUUUUAGCGUCACACAGUUCGCCUUUGACCUCCAGUGAAUGAAGUCCGUCCAGGCUGAAGAUCUGAGGCAGCUUAAGCAGAUAAAUUUCACACAAAUCAGUAACAAAUACCAGUCAUCAGUGAAAUGAGUUAAAUAAUCACUGAUUAAAAGGCAUCUCUGCACAUUUGAUUUUGAUGCUUUUUUUAAUUUUUGCUGAAACUGUUGUGUUUUUUAUUUGUACUUUGAUCAUUUUAUUGAUCUGAGCUCCUGCUGUUCAUAUUGUAAAGAGAUGUUGUAGCUUUUAGAUGUUUGUGUAUUUUUGUAUCGACAUGAAACCAGAAGAAACUUUUAUUAAUUAUUGGUUUAAUGUCUUUGUGUGUGUGUGUGUGUGUGUGUGUGUGUGUGUGUGUGUGUGUGUGUGUGUGUGUGUGUGUGUGUGUGUGUGUGUGUGUGUGUGUGUGUGUGUGUGUGUGUGUGUGUGUGUGUGUGUGUGUGUGUGUGUGUGUGUGUGUGUGUGUGUGUGUGUGUGUAUGUGUGAACUUGUUUCUCAUGUUGUUGAUGUAUUUUAGUGUAUUUUAACUGAACUUAUAUGAGAUGUGUAAACAGACAAUGUCAAGACAAACAAAAACAUUCCUUCACAAUAAAGAAACUGAAAAUUAAAA